AUGCCUCUCCCAGCUGACCCUGAAGUUGUUGAUACGGGCCAUGGGCUCGUCAAAGUUCUCCAAGGAAUUUUUGGUCCUCAUCCUGGCUACAGACCUGCUCAUGCAAAAGGAAUUUUACUCCAGGGAACUUUCAAGCCUACAGUUGAAGCUUCAUCUCUUUCUACAGCAACCCACUUCCAUCGCACAUCAACUACCGUCAUUGCGCGGUUCUCGAGCUCGGGUGGAUUUCCGGAUCUAUCGGACACAGACCCUAGCGGCAAUCCUCGUGGCCUAGCUCUAAGAUUUAUACUAGAAGAGUCGCCGCGCCAUGUACAUACGGAUAUUGUAGCCCAUUCGACUCCUUUUUUCCCAGCGAAAGAUGGGCCCGAAGCGUUGGCUUUCUUUCGGUCCCUCGCUUCCGGGACGAUAAGCGACCAUCUCUCCUCUCAUCCAGCAGCGCAGGCCUUCGUUCAGGCUCCGAAGCCAUUCCCCACUAGUUUCGCAACAGAAAAAUACUUUGGAGUGAACGCAUUCAAGUUUAUUAACCAGGAUGGCAAAGAAACUUACUUUCGGUAUCGUAUUGUGCCAAAGGCUGGCGAAUCAUACCUAGAUGAUGACCAGAUUAAAGCCAAAGGCCCUACUUAUCUGUUUGACGACCUAUCUACACAACUAGAAAAAGCUUCGAUAGAAUUUGACAUCGUAGCUCAAUUGGCAGAUAUUGAUGAUGUGACCAAUGACUGCACUGUCCACUGGCCGGAGGAUCGCAAGCUUGUUAAACUAGGCACUGUCAGCCUUAACACCAUCAAGAAGGAAGACAGCGCUGCUGAGCAGAAGAAAAUCAUAUUCGACCCUGUCCCAAGGGUCGAGGGUAUUGAGUCAUCCGCUGAUCCGUUGAUUGAUACUCGUGCUGCUGUGUACUUAAUUAGUGGUAGGGAACGACGCGCAGCCUAG